AGUGCCUUAUCUACUGUUCUCGAUACAAACCUAGAUUCCAUAAACAAAUAGAGCAGUCCUUCACCAAGGUUUUAGUGUGUCAAUAAACAACCAUGCUUCCGUUUCUGCUGUUGUGUUUCUGUGCGUCCAUAGUAUACGGCCAGGUGCCAGUGUUAGGGAAAUGUCCAAAUGUAACCGUGAAAAUGGACUUUGAACCUAGCAAGUAUUUCGGCUUCUGGUACGAGAUAGCGCGGUUCUACACGAGUUUCGAAGCGAACCAGAAGUGCCACUCCGCCACCUACACGUCACUUCCGUCGGGCCACUUCCAGGUGUUCAACCAGGCACUUGAUAUGGAAGACCACGAGCAGAAUGCGACGGGUGACGCCUACAUUCCCGACCCCAAGGUGAAGGCUAAGAUCAAGGUUAAGUUCAACGAAGCGGCCCCAUACGCGGACUAUUGGGUUGUGGACACCGAUUACGAGACAUACACACUGGUCUUCUCCUGCGUUGACAUUGUGGGUGUCAGCCAUCUUGAAUUUGCUUGGAUUCUUGCCCGGAAGUCAUCGAUUGACCAGUCAGUGCGCGACAAGCUCUACCAGACGCUUGAAUCCUUCGGAGUGAAAUCCCAGCACUUCAUGGACGAUGAUAAGACAGAUUGUCAUUAAAUGUUAAUAACUGCUUGAAAUAAUAUCUGGUUGUAUUGUU